GCCAGUCACCACUCCCCCAUCUCAAGCUUCACCACCUCGCUCACUCCCACACUUGAGUGCUCGCUCAGCUCCAGUGGCGGCGAGAUGCGGAGACAGAUCCCUCCCGUCUCCCGCCUCGUCCUCCUCGGGAUGGCCGCCCUGCUCGCCGCGGUAGCAGCGCCGACGCCCGCGGCCGCGGUCAACGUGAUGGGCGUGCUCGCGGCGUUCCCGGACCUCGCCGAUUUCACGCGGCUGCUGGCGUCCAGCCCCGUGGCGUCCGAGCUCGCCGGGCGGUCGUCGCUGACGCUGCUCGCCGUGCCGAACGGAAACCUUCCGCAGUCGCCGUCCGCGUUCGCGGCGGCCUCCGGGGCCGACCUCGCCGACGUGCUCCGCUACCACGUCCUCCUCGAGUACCUCGCCCCCGCCGACCUACGCCGGCUCCCGGUCUCCGGGAAGCUGGUCACCACGCUGUUCCAGACGACCGGCCGCGCCCCCGCGGACCUCGGCGCGGUCAACGUCAGCACGGCCGGGUCCUCCCUGGCCGUCAUCCGCUCGCCUGCGCCGUUCCCGGGGUCGAACGCCACCGUCCUCGGGGCCAUCACCGCGGUGCCGUACAACCUGAGCGUGCUCUCCGUGGAUGGCCUCAUCGUGCCGUCCGGGUUCGACCUCGCGGCGUCCGAGUCGCGGCCCCCCGCCGCGGUCAACAUCACCCGCGUCCUCGCCGACGCGCGCGCCUUCAACGUGGCGGCCUCCAUGCUGGAGGCCUCGGGAGUCGCUGGCGAGUUCGAGGCCGACGAGCGCGGUGCCGGCAUCACGGUGUUCGCCCCCACCGACGACGCCUUCGCGGGCCUUCCCGCCGGCGACCGCCUCCAGUCCCUCCCCGCCGAUCGCAAGGCCGUGGUGCUCCGUUUCCACGUGCUCCACUCCUACUACCCGCUGGGCUCGCUCGAGUCCAUCGUGAACCCCCUCCAGCCCACCCUCGCCACCGAGUUCAGCAACGCCGGCCGCUUCACCCUCAACAUCACCCGCACCAACGGCUCCGUCGCCAUCGACACCGGCGUCGUGCAGGCGACCAUCACCCGGACAGUCUUCGACCAGAACCCCGUCGCCGUCUUCGCCGUCUCCAAGGUGCUCCUCCCCAAGGAGAUGUUCACCCGGACCGACGGCGGCGACUCCUCCAUCGUCGCCGCCACCACCGCCGCGUCCUCCCCCCCGCCGGUCGCCACUCCACCGGAGGCCUCCCAGAGCGCGCGGACGCCGCCGACAAAACUCUCCUCCCCACCCGCGCUGCGCAGCGUGGGGCAGGGCUACCACACGGCGUCCGCGCCGGCGCCGGCGCAAGCAAUCGGAUGGUUGUGUGUAGCAUUGGUGUAUCUACUUCUAGCGCCUCUGGUAUGAGAUCCGGGAUUUUGUCAGUCCAUUGCCAUUCCUCUUAUGCUCAAUUUUUGCCUUCUUUUUUUCUUCUUCUUUUUUCCUUUGGGUUUUGCUAGAAUCUGUACACUGGUGGGGAGGGAGGGGGAGAGGUGAAGAGAAGAAGAAGAUUGAGCUGCAAAAACGCAGCAUUUUUUUUUCCUUACGAGUCGCUCCAUGUUGGAAAAGUGAAAUAAUAGCACAACCAUCUGUAAAAAUCCAAUCUUAAUGAUCCGAUAUUCCAAUCCAUUCUCUUUUGUUGCAAAUCA